GGAACAGAAGAUCCCGCUCUCUCAGAAAUGUCAACAACUCGUUGCUAAGGAACGGCUCCGCGCUCGCCGCGUCUCGCUCUCUUCUCGCGACACUUGGCGAAUCCCUUCCCGCGCUUUUUCCGCGGGCGCUUGAGAACGCGGGUGAGGCGUGGAGGGCGGCGCCAUGGGCCACCUAGAGCUGCUGCUUGUGGAAAAUUUCAAGUCGUGGCGGGGCCGCCAGGUCAUUGGCCCCUUCCGGAAGUUCACCUGCAUCAUCGGCCCCAACGGCUCUGGAAAAUCUAAUGUAAUGGAUGCACUUAGUUUUGUAAUGGGAGAGAAAAUAGCUAAUUUAAGAGUGAAAACUAUUCAAGAACUCAUUCAUGGAGCACAUAUUGGAAAACCUAUUUCUUCUUUUGCAAGUGUAAAAAUUGUAUAUGUGGAAAAAAGUGGCGAAGAGAAAACAUUUGCAAGGAUUAUCCGAGGGAGAUGCUCAGAAUUUCGCUUUGAUGAUAAUCUUGUGAGUCGUUCUGUUUACAUUGCAGAGUUGGAAAAGAUAGGCAUAAUAGUCAAAGCACAAAAUUGUUUAGUUUUUCAGGGAACUGUAGAGUCAAUUUCAAUGAAGAAACCCAAAGAAAGGACCCAGUUUUUUGAGGAAAUCAGCAGUUCAGGAGAGCUUAUAGGAGAAUAUGAAGAAAAGAAAAGAAAGUUACAAAAAGCCGAAGAGGAUGCACAGUUUAAUUUUAAUAAGAAAAAAAAUGUAGCAGCAGAGCGCAGACAAGCAAAAUUAGAGAAGGAAGAGGCAGAACGUUACCAGAGUCUCCUUGAAGAACUGAAAAUGAACAAGAUACAACUGAAACUUUUUCAACUAUACCAUAAUGAGAAAAAGAUUCAUCUCCUGAACACAAAGUUAGAGCAUGUGAAUAGGGAUUUGAGUGUCAAAAGAGAGUCUUUGUCUCAUCAUGAAAACAUAGUUAAAGCCAGGAAAAAGGAACAUGGAAUGCUAACUAGACAACUACAACAAACAGAAAAAGAAUUAAAGUCAGUUGAAACCCUUUUAAAUCAGAAGAGGCCUCAGUACAUUAAAGCCAAAGAAAACACUUCUCACCACCUUAAGAAAUUAGAUGUGGCUAAGAAAUCAAUAAAGGACAGCGAAAAACAAUGUUCUAAACAGGAAGAUGAUAUAAAAGCCCUGGAGACAGAGCUGGCUGAUUUAGAUGCUGCAUGGAGAAGUUUUGAAAAGCAGAUUGAGGAAGAAAUUUUACAUAAAAAGCGAGACAUUGAACUGGAAGCCAGUCAGCUGGAUCGUUAUAAAGAACUUAAGGAACAAGUAAGAAAGAAAGUAGCUACAAUGACUCAACAACUGGAAAAACUGCGGUGGGAACAGAAGACAGACGAAGAAAGACUGGCAUUUGAAAAGAGGAGGCAUGGAGAAGUUCAGGGAAAUCUAAAACAAAUAAAAGAACAAAUAGAAGAUCAUAAAAAACGAAUAGAGAAGUUAGAGGAGUAUACAAAGACAUGCAUGGAUUGCUUGAAAGAGAAAAAACAGCAAGAGGAAACCCUAGUGGAUGAAAUUGAAAAAACAAAAUCAAGAAUGUCUGAAGUUAAUGAAGAAUUGAAUCUCAUUAGAAGUGAAUUGCAGAAUGCUGGGAUUGAUACCCAUGAAGGAAAACGUCUGCAAAAGAGAGCAGACGUUCUGGAACACCUUAAAAGACUGUACCCAGAUUCUGUGUUUGGAAGACUACUUGACCUGUGUCAUCCUAUUCAUAAGAAAUACCAGCUGGCUGUUACUAAGCUUUUUGGCCGGUACAUCACUGCCAUUGUUGUAGCCUCUGAAAAGGUGGCAAAAGAUUGUAUUCGAUUUCUGAAGGAGGAAAGAGCUGAACCUGAGACAUUCCUCGCUCUAGAUUACCUUGAUAUCAAGCCAAUCAAUGAAAGAUUAAGGGAGCUUAAAGGCUGUAAAAUGGUGAUUGAUGUCAUAAAGACUCAGUUUCCUCAGCUGAAGAAAGUGAUUCAGUUUGUGUGUGGAAAUGGUCUUGUUUGUGAGACUGUGGAAGAAGCAAGGCAUAUUGCAUUCAGUGGACCUGAAAGACAGAAAACAGUAGCUCUUGAUGGAACAUUAUUUUUAAAAUCUGGAGUGAUCUCUGGAGGGUCAACUGACUUAAAGUACAAGGCUAGAUGCUGGGAUGAGAAAGAGUUAAAGAAUCUAAGAGACAGACGAAGCCAGAAAAUCCAAGAGCUAAAGGAUUUAAUGAAGACACUCCGCAAAGAAACAGAUUUGAAACAAAUACAGACCCUGGUACAAGGAACUCAAACACGACUCAAAUAUUCACAAAAUGAACUAGAGAUGAUUAAAAAGAAGCACCUUGUUGCUUUUUACCAGGAACAAUCUCAGCUACAAAGUGAACUACUAAAUAUUGAGUCUCAAUGUAUUAUGUUGAGUGAAGGAAUCAAGGAACGACAACAAAGAAUUAAAGAAUUUCAAGAAAAGAUAGAUAAGGUAGAAGAUGAUAUCUUCCAACACUUCUGUCAAGAAAUUGGUGUGGAAAAUAUUCGUGAAUUUGAGAACAAACAUGUUAAACGGCAACAAGAAAUUGAUCAAAAAAGAUUAGAAUUUGAAAAACAAAAAACUCGGCUUAAUAUUCAACUUGAGUAUAGUCGCAAUCAGCUUAAGAAGAAACUGAAUAAGAUCAACACAUUAAAAGAAACUAUCCAGAAAGGUAGUGAAGAUAUUGAUCACCUAAAGAAGGCUGAAGAAAACUGUCUGCAGACAGUGAAUGAGCUCAUGGCAAAGCAGCAGCAACUUAAGGACAUACGUAUCACUCAGAACUCCAAUGCCGAGAAAGUUCAAACUCAAAUUGAAGAGGAACGGAAGAAGUUUCUGGCUGUUGAUAGGGAAGUGGGGAAAUUGCAAAAAGAAGUUGUAAUUAUUCAAACUUCUCUGGAACAGAAACGAUUAGAGAAGCAUAACUUGCUGCUUGAUUGCAAAGUGCAAGACAUUGAGAUAAUCCUUUUGUCGGGGUCACUGGAUGACAUCAUUGAAGUGGAGAUGGGAACUGAAGCAGAAAGUACGCAGGCAACAAUUGAUAUCUAUGAAAAAGAAGCAGCCUUUGAAAUAGACUACAGCUCUCUAAACGAGGAUUUGAAGGCUCUACAGUCUGAUCAAGAAAUCGAGGCCCACCUUAGACUCUUAUUGCAGCAAGUAGCAUCCCAGGAAGAUAUCUUAUUGAAAACAGCAGCCCCAAACCUACGAGCAAUGGAGAACUUAAAGACUGUCAGAGACAAGUUUCAAGAAUCCACAGAUGCUUUUGAGGCCAGCAGAAAGGAAGCCAGAAUGUGUAGGCAAGAGUUCGAACAAGUGAAAAAAAGGAGAUACGAUCUUUUCACCCACUGUUUUGAGCAUGUCUCAAUCUCAAUUGAUCAAAUCUACAAGAAGCUCUGCAGAAACAACAGCGCGCAAGCAUUUCUUAGCCCAGAGAACCCUGAAGAACCUUACUUGGAGGGAAUUAGCUAUAACUGUGUGGCCCCAGGCAAACGGUUUAUGCCAAUGGACAAUUUGUCAGGGGGAGAAAAGUGUGUGGCAGCCUUGGCUCUCCUGUUUGCCGUGCACAGUUUUCGUCCUGCCCCAUUCUUUGUUUUAGAUGAAGUGGAUGCAGCCCUAGACAAUACUAACAUAGGCAAAGUGUCAAGUUACAUCAAAGAGCAAACUCAAGACCAGUUUCAGAUGAUAGUCAUCUCCCUAAAAGAAGAGUUCUAUUCCAGAGCCGACGCGCUGAUCGGCAUCUAUCCUGAGUACGAUGACUGCAUGUUCAGCCGAGUUUUGACCCUAGAUCUUUCUCAGUAUCCAGACACUGAAGGCCAAGAAAGCAAGAGACACGGAGAGUCCCACUAGGGGCAGUCCUGCAGCGGUCACCUGAUCACUGUUCAGUUUCCACUCUAAUACUCACACAGCUCCUCCACAGGAGACUUCUGGAGCAAGCAGGACCAGCCUGGUGCACCCUUUAAGAGAAACCUUAGUCGGUCUAGCCAAAGAGGCUGUGGCUCACUUUAGUUGAGUGUUCAGACCCCAUUCUAGUAGGGAAAGUUUUCAGUGAGAGCAGGUGUUAAAUGAGUUUUUAAAAAACAAACAAAAGGUACAAUUUUGUACUAUAAUUCUAACUUCUACUUUGAAAUAAGCUAGUCUGGUUGGAAAAAUUUUGAAUUCGGCUUCAUCUUCACUCUGAUCUUGCCUCGCACCCAAGUAAUCUUGAAGGGAACUUCUCUUGGUUUUUAAACAUACUAGUUAUAAGAUUGUUAAUAAACUGUUGAACCUGGCUUUUGGGAAAUUGUUUCAGAGAAACUAUGUUAGUAUUGAAAAUAUCAAUAAAAAAUGUUCUAAUUUCAAA